AAGGUAAGGAGGGGCGAAGCUCUUGAGGAGUUCCGGGGCGGGGCCGCCGUGCCACAGCCGUCUCUCAUUGGCCCUUGCUGGACGUAGGAAAGAUCGAUUUUUAAAUGGCGUGUGUGUGUAUAGGUGUGUGUGUGUUUUGUUGUUGUUGUUGUUGUUUUGUUGUUGUUGUUUAAAGCAACUAGCGGCGUUACCUUUGGCAAGUUACCUGACCUCUCUGCCGCAUUUUUUUUCUGUAAAAUUGAAUAAUGAUAAUAGUGCUUACCCUUGGGCUGUCGGGAGAUUGACAGAGGUUGACAGAAUCAGUGCCUGAGCAGUGCUUAGCACUCAGUAAGCGCGUGCUCCUUACCUGUCAGCAAGAACGCUAGCUGAUCUUCAAGCGUGUAGAAUGACAGGAAACACUAAGCAAAACAAACGGCUUAUGUUUACACAUGCAUUUAUAUUCGGUUCUGCCACUCCCAUUUCAUGCACUGUUGUCACAUGGCUCUUUCCGCAGUUGUUUCUUAGUGGGACUUCAGCACGCCUUGAUUUUCCCUUCUGUAGUUCACUGUAGCGUAAUCAUAUGUUAUACUGCUUGUUUUCUUUGUACUUUUUAUUAUCUGAGGUAGUGAGCUCUUUAAGGAUAGGAAAUGUUAUAUACAUUUUUUAUUAGCCGGGACAAUUAACGCUCCCACCGUUAUUCGAGUUGCCGUUGCGCCAUAGUUCUGACAAUUUUUUUUUAUGGUCAGACUUAAACUUUUGUCCAUUGGGGUGAAUUCCAAUGUUUUCUUCGAGAGGGAAAAAAACAAAAAACAAACAAAUAAAACCCUUUACAUCUCUGUCAGCGCUUUUUGGAAUGGGCGGGACUCAACUACCAAAGGGACAAGCAGCCGUGCAGCCCUCCAAGAGCAACGACUAGCGCGAGAUAGAGAGGGCGGGAGCGAACUGCAGGAGAAACCGGAAGUGGCGUAACGUCCGGUCAAGGCAGCCAUCUCGCCGUGAGACAGCAGGUGUCGGAUCCGCAGGCGCAGCCGUGCGAUGUUGUCCUCUACAGCCAUGUAUUCGGCUCCUGGCAGAGACUUGGGGAUGGAACCGCACAGAGCCGCGGGCCCUUUGCAGCUGCGAUUUUCGCCCUACGUUUUCAACGGAGGUACUGUAUUGGCAAUUGCUGGAGAAGAUUUUGCAAUUGUUGCUUCUGAUACUCGAUUGAGUGAAGGGUUUUCAAUUCAUACGCGGGAUAGCCCCAAAUGUUACAAAUUAACAGACAAAACAGUCAUUGGAUGCAGCGGUUUUCAUGGAGACUGUCUUACGCUGACAAAGAUUAUUGAAGCAAGACUAAAGAUGUAUAAGCAUUCCAAUAAUAAGGCCAUGACUACGGGGGCAAUUGCUGCAAUGCUGUCUACAAUCCUGUAUUCAAGGCGCUUCUUUCCAUACUAUGUUUACAACAUCAUCGGUGGACUUGAUGAAGAAGGAAAGGGGGCUGUAUACAGCUUUGACCCAGUAGGGUCUUACCAGAGAGACUCCUUCAAGGCUGGAGGCUCAGCAAGUGCCAUGCUACAGCCCCUGCUUGACAACCAGGUUGGUUUUAAGAACAUGCAGAAUGUGGAGCAUGUUCCGCUGUCCUUGGACAGAGCCAUGCGGCUGGUGAAAGAUGUCUUCAUUUCUGCAGCUGAGAGAGAUGUGUACACUGGGGACGCACUGCGGAUCUGCAUAGUGACCAAAGAGGGCAUCAGGGAGGAGACUGUUCCCUUAAGGAAGGACUGAUCUGUGUGCUGUUAUCACCAAUCAGUUCAGAACUGGUUGAUUUUGUACUUUGGAACUGUACCUUGGAUGGUUUUGUUUAUUAAAAGAGAAACCUGAAGUA